UUCAGCUCCAUCGCGAUGGCAUCCAUGACUGCGCUCUUCCUUUUGCUCCUCUUGGGGUCUAUCCUCUCGAUGGUCCAGUCGGAUGGAUCCGCAGGCGACACCAAGUUUGCCUUGAAACUGUUCGGAGCGCUGGCCAAAAAUAAUUCUCUUAAGAAUAUCGUUUUCUCACCGUCGUCAAUCAGGACAUCGCUUGUUUUGGCCUACCUGGGCUCCGAAGGCACCACUGAGAAUGAGCUCAAGCAGACCCUCUCAUUGGAAGGAGCCGAUAAGAACGAGGUGGCAAAAGGAUUCGCUCAACUUUUGGCCAAGGGACAAAAUCCGCAAGGCGCUCAGUUCAGCUAUGCCAACCGGAUCUACGUGGCCAAGAGGUUCGGGCUUGUUCAAUCCUAUCAAGAACUGGUCGGUAAAUACUUUAACGCACCUGCCGAGAAAGUGAACUUCGAAGAGAGUGCGAAAGUGGCACAGGAAAUCAAUUCAUGGGUGGAAGAGAAGACCCAUCAUCAAAUCAAAGAUCUUAUCAGCUCCAGCACCCUCGACUCAUACACUGUAGCCCUUCUGAUCAAUGCGAUUUACUUCAAAGCCAACUGGGUAAAUCCUUUCUCCCUAUUUACGACGAUCUUGCAUCCUUUUGUGUCCAGCGAGAAGAAAACGGUGAGGGUGAGCACCAUGUUUCAGACGGAGUUUUUUAAGUACGCCGAAUUGCCGUCUCUGAAGGCCAAGGCACUGGAAAUGCCUUACAAAGGCACUGACAUUGUGUUCCUAAUAAUUCUGCCUCUGGAGGAGCAGGGACUGGCUGAACUGGAGGAGAAGCUUAGUGGAGUGGAGCUAAACGAGAUAUGUUCCCAAUUGAAAACAGAGCACGUGCGGCUGCAGCUGCCCAAAUUUAAGAUGGAGUUUGAUGUCUCCCUUAAUCCUGUGCUGGAGCAGCUGGGGCUAAAGCAGAUGUUCAGUGAAAAUGCCAAUUUUAAAAGCCUUGUCCAGCAAACGAACAUGCAUAUCUCUGAAGUUAAGCACAAGGCCUUUAUUGAUUUGAACGAAGCAGGAACCACUGCCGCUGCCGCCACCUAUGUGAAAGGGGCGUUUCUUUCAGCCAAUCGCAGGAAGACAUACCCCUUCAUCGUCGAUCAUCCAUUUUUGUUCGCCAUCAAGGACGACCAGAACACCUUCUUUCUGGGUCAUUAUACCCAGCCAAAAUAAAGAGCUAUAAACAGA